CUAGAAUAAAUAAGCUAUCUUAACAGUUAGCUGUUGACUUUCUAAAGUGCAGUGAUUACAACAACAAGGGAAAGUGGUCGGAGAAGCUUUUUAAAUGGUUUCGUAGAAACACUCAGUGUGGGUGAUUGAUAAGGACAGAUUGAGCAGAACUACAUUAUCAACCAUAACAUUGAGGACCAAAACAGAGAGAACAUAAUAUAAACGAAAAUAUGGUUCAUCAAGAUAAUGGACUGAUGGUCGGUGAAGAUGAAAGUGUUGAAGACGGUCUGCUUGAUGAUACUGGCAGGGGCUGUGAUGUUAGGUUAGAGAUAAAUGGGAAAGAGGUAGAUCUCGAUGGUGCUGCUCGGAAAGAUCUCGAAGAUGAUGUUGAUGAUCCCGAAGAUGAUGACGAUGAUGAUGGAUUGCCCAUUGAUAGAGGUUGGGCUUGGGUAAUUUCUAUGGCUACUUUUGUGAUCCAGCUAUUAAAGGUUGGAUAUCAAAGAUCAAUGGGAUUAUUGUUUAUAGAGUUUUUACGUGUUUAUCAGACCAACACAACCGUAACAACAUUAAUAAGUGGCGUAAGUGCCGGAGUGUUUGGAUUUUCAGUGUUUAUAUCCAUGCAGGUAUUAGUGGGUUGGAUACCAGUAAGAUAUAUUAUUAUGAUAGGGGGUACCAUUGCAUCAAUAGCUAUCAUUGGUUCAGCUUUCGCCACAAAUAUAGUCCAGCUUAUACUUCUACAAGGCGCUCUUGCUGGCUGUGGCAACUCUAUGAUGGCUGGCCCUGCUUAUGUUUUAAUUAGUAAAUAUUUCAAAAAGCGUCGUGGUUUGGGUACCAGUUUAGCAAGCAGUGGUAUAAGUGUCGGGUCGGUGGCUUUUCCUAUAUUAAUGAGAUAUCUUUUGGAUGAGUAUGGUCUUCAGGGCACGCUGCUCAUAGUUGGUGCAAUUCAACUCAAUAUAGUCACAAUGGCUUGUUUAAUGAGACCACUAGAGAGUUUCAAGCGCUCUAAAAUAAAGAGAGAUGUUCUGUUAAAUAACGCAAAGUUAGUUAAAUCAAAGGAACUGGAGACAUAUCCCGCUUUGGAUACUCGAAGGAAAUCAAAAUCGUGUGAAGAGAUACAGCCCUAUAUGACACAAUUUCAGCUUACACCAUCAAGCACGGCUAACAUUCACCAGCGAUCUAAAUCUCAGUGUAGUCUUGCACAUUCUCAAAGUGAACUAUAUAAUUUUAAAGGGGUCCUGAUGGUAACUGAUGAGGUUAAUAAAGAUCAGACUACUGGCUGUACAAAUCCUCUUAAAAACAUAGAUUUUUCAGUGUUGAAGAACCCAUAUUUUAGUUUAAUUGGUACCACGUCUUUCCUUGGUAUUAUUGGUAUAUUGUUUGUGAAUUAUUACCCAGUGUUGAUGUAUGAACAGGGUUCCAGUAAACAAGACGCUGCCAUAUUUCUCUCCAUAGCCGGGGGAAUUGACUUCUUUGCUCGAUUAGGGGCAGGCUACAUCUCAGAUUUUGGAUGUAUCAAAAGAACUUAUAUAUGUGUGAUAUCAUUAAUAAUAACGGGUAUUAACUGUCAUAUGGUGAGAAUUUACACUACCUACGGACUACAGUUAAUGGGAACUAUACUUUUUGGACUCUUUGGUGGUAUUUUCACCUCAUUUUUAGUACUUUUAAUACCAGAUUUCUUGGGUGUGGAGAAAAUGGCCAAAGCCCUGGGAUUUAAUUUCAUUAUAUUAGGCAGCGCUUUGAGUAUUUACAAUCCACUUGUUGGUGCUUUGAAAGAUUUCACUGGGUCCUAUGUAGCAGCCUAUCAUUUUAUGGGGACAUUACUAAUAUUAGCGGCAGUCUUAUUGCUAAUGGAACCAUUAUUUGGUAAAUGUGUUGAAAAACAAGAGCAGAAAGAGAAGGACGUUCAACUGUAAUGGUUCCGUGACACAUUAUGUUGUCUUUCGCUCUUCAGGAAAUCUUUCAGUGGUAGAUGUAAGAGAUUCAUUUUAUUACGCCAUUUUUGCAUAUGUUCAGAAAUUUACUGGAAUCUUUUUUUAAACAAAUUAACAUUCAUAAUGCUUGUUAUCUCCCUUGAAAAUAAUUUGUUAUUUGGAUAAGAGUGGUUGUAACAACAACAUAUAAUGGAAAUUACAUCAUUGGAUUACGGUGUUUUUGUCACUUUGAUUAAAUACAUAACGUAAGUCACUAUAAAUGAAGACGUUGAAACUAUUGGUACUUGUACUUAUAUAAGUGGCUGUAACCAUUCCGUCAAACAAAUCUUGAUGUCAUUUUCUUUGAGAGCAGAACAGAUUUGUAUACAAUGUUACUGGAAGAUGGUGUGUAUGAGACAGUCAUUUAAAAUAUUUGUCCUCGUUUAGUUUCUUAUCACCCUUAUUUUGGUUUCCAUAUACAAUUAACAUAUGGUAUUGAAUA